AUGUACAACGGCGUAGAGGCUGUUUCGAUUAAGGGUACCGGGCUGAGCGGCUAUGUUCAGCGCAGCCGCGUGAACGUGUCGGCAGCGGGCCGCGCGCCCGUUGAGGAGGGCACGAUGGCAGCCGAGGGCGGGUCGUCCAUCAACCCUCUCGAGCAGCGCCGCGCGCAGGGCGAGAACCGCGAGAUGGCGGCGCGGCUUGAGUCUCAUCACGCUUUGCGCGAGGUGCGGCUGCGCGUCUUGCUCUACCGCGAGGAGCGUCAGGCGGCUGGGAUUGACGCCGCCACGGUCGAGCGCGAGUGCGGCGAGCUCUACGAGUCUUUGCUCGUCGCCGCCAAGGGUCGUCUGAAGGCGCAGCAGAAGGCAGAGAACGCCAAGACGGCCGCGAAGUUCGCCGCCGCGUUCGGCGUAAAGUCCACAACGGCGACGACCGCCGCAGGCAGCGGCAGCGCGUUCAGCCGCUCAGUGCAGGAGGCGGAGAAGCGCCGCAGCGAAGACGAGCGGCGCUCUCGCCAGGAGGCUCAACUCGUCGAGCAUCUGAAGCGUAUGCGCAGCGAGGCCAGCAAUGCGGCAGCGCCGUAG